AUGCAGCAGUUUGCUUCCAUGGAUGCCACACUCGCGUCGGCCAACGCAAACGGAACCUCUGGUCCCAUUUCCAUCAGCCAUUUGAUGGGCACGGCCUAUGACACCCACAUCACUGACUCGCUAGUGCCUGGAGUUGGCUCAACCACAAUCCCAUCCGUGGAUGCUGCCAUUUCGAGACCCUUGUUCCUCCAAACCACCGGUCCUCUCAUGACUUCCCCGACAGGCUUGUUGAGUCAAACUCCAUCCGACAGUUUGGCAACCAUGCAUGUUGGACACGAUGAUGCGAAAAACGAAAGUUUGACUUGUCAGUCGAACACCGUCACGUCCUGUGUAUCCACAAUGACAAGUAACGGAGUGGUGUCUGCGGCGAAUCUGCUCAGUGUUGGACCGAAACGACUACAUGUGUCCAACAUCCCGUUCCGAUUUCGCGAAGCUGACCUCAGACAGUUGCUUGGACCGUUUGGAACUAUCCUGGACGUGGAAAUCAUAUUCAACGAGCGCGGAUCAAAGGUGCUUGCCGAGUUCAUCACGGAAGAAACCACCUUUAGUAGGACAUAUCUUGUUGGUGCGUCUUUCAGACUUGUGCCACUCGAAUUACGUGUCAAUGCUAACUGA